ACUUUCUCAGACUUGAAUGUUUUCUUUUCCUUUGAAGAACUGAAACGCAAACGAAAAUGCUGAUGGCUAACAGAACAUCUCGCAAUGAAGUGGCUCAUAUUAGAACCGUUUCAGCUCUAACUUAAGUAGUUUUCCUCAAACUCAGGAAAGCCGGCAGCAUCGAUAUCGGUUUCUGACAACCGAGUGAUUGAUAAACAUUGGAUUUUCAAACAAAAAAUAUGACCAAAAGAAAUGGAAGUUAUCGAGCAAUAAGUGGCAAGAAACCCAGGCUGGAGGACGAAGACCUAUGGGAAGACGAUUUGGAUCCAGAGGCACUUGAGAAAUGUUUCGAGCAGGCUACACAGAACGAUGUACCAUCACAGUCACACGAUUCAAGUGUCUCGUCAACUUACAACGAAUUCAAAAUCCCAGGGGCCUUCCUUGCUUCAACACAGGUGCACAAUGUCCCCUCCACCAGCAACAAGUGGUCCUUGAAGGAGCUUGAGGUGGAAGUGAAGAACCUCAAACAGAAAAACGAAGAAAAAGAGGGUGAGAUCCUAAUUUUGAGGAGUAGGAUACGGGAAACGGCUUCAACUAUUAAAGCCGAACAUCAGCGAACCACGAAUGAUUGGCGUCAAAAGUUUUACAGUGCCCAGAAGGAAGUAAAGUCCAUAACAAGUGAUUUAGAAUUCAAAAAUUUAGAAAUCGCGAACUUGAGACAGCAGUUGGCUGAAAUUAGAAGGAUCAAUGUGGAAACGUUCAAUAGCUCACAAGUACCCCCGCCAGUUGCAGUCAAGCCCUUAAAUUGCAGUUCUAAACCAGAAGAGUCAUAUCAGAAUAGCCAUCGUGCAGUGUAUAAAGAGCCUAUUGUGGAGCAGAUUUACCCUCUGAAGUCGUUGCCCGUUGAUGCCAUCACAGGGACUUGUUGUGAAAUUCACACGAUCACAGAGGUGUGCCACAGAUCAAGCCUCAAUACCAUCCCAUACCUGCAAAGGCAGCCCAAUUUCAAUCACCUGUGUUCACCCAUGGAUAACAACAACAUUACCACAGAACACCUUUAUCCGGAUGUUUUCAAGCUGGUAAACAGUAACUUGGAACAUUUGAACAGUCCAGAUUGUCUUGAAGCCACUCAGAAGGUAUUCUGCGUUACUUUGAUAUUGUUGAAAGAUCUAAGUGAGUUUGUCGCCGAGUAUGGAUUGCAUAUGAAGACCGAAGAUAUCCAGCAAUUAGAUGCCGUAUCGCUGUUGAGCAUAGAAAGUUCACGUAAAGGAUAUUUGGGCAGCCAAGCAAGUAAGACGUUAACCAUAAUGGCUCAUUUGAUGUUGUACUGUCCGUUGGUUUGUGACUUUGUCUGCAAAAAUUCUCCCCUUCAGUUGCUAGAGAGCCUAAAGGAUUUUGCUCAAAUGAUUCCACAUAGAAAUUGUACGGUACUGAAUGAUUACUAUGUGUUGCGACUAUUGCUGUCGCUUACAAGCAACAUUGGAAAAUAUAGACUUGCUCAUCAAGCCACCGAUUUUCUGAUGUCUACAUUAAAUUUUCUUGAAAGUAUUGCGCGGUUGGAUAAUGAGCCAGACAGUACUGCAAACAACCAGUGCAUGGAGUUAUUUUGCAAAAUUUUCAAACAGAUUAUAUUUGCCAGGCCCAAACCCGAGGUUAUUAAGCGAAUAAUGUUUUUGUUAAAGAUCUGUUCCCGUUAUAAGAUUGUUGUACAAUAUUUGUUCAGGAAAAACGCCAGCAAUGAGAUGCUGAAAGCUACAUCUAGGGGCGUAUUGUAUUUUACUGAAAAUUCAUGCUGUUUUUGUGUAUUGGCAAUUUUGUUGCAAAACUACUUGCUGAGUAGUGACCACGUUUCGUUGGACGUUUGUUAUAACAUGUUAGACUUUAUUUAUGUUACGUUUAAGACAUCACAUUGGAUACAUCACGAAACUGGGGAUAAUGUGUGUGGAUGUCUUUCCCUGUUUUAUAAGCUGGAAAUUGACUUUGUAUUUAGAACCUUGGAGAACUUGAAGUCACUUGAUGAAGAUGAAAAUAGUCAAAUCGAGUGGAGGAAGUUUCUUAAUCAUGACAUCAUCCAGAAAGUGCUAUAUCAAAUGAAAUUCAAUAACUUUGAAUUGAGCGAAAAGUAUGUGCUAGUAUUCACUCGAUACAAGGAAAUAGAAAAAAUUCUGAAAACUGAAGGAACAUUUGAAGUAUCUGAACUACAUCAAACUGAAGAGUUGCCCAAUGUCUCCGAUAAGGACUUCAACAAGGAUUUUUGAAUUAAGUCUUGCUUAAUAGUUGUUUGUUAUAUUAGGAUAUUCGUCUUCUUAUACGUUAUUAAAAGAGAACUAUGAACACA